GUUUCUGGGUCCUCUCUGAAAACAGCAAGUGCAGAAACAAUAGGCUCUCCAUCAUACUUAUCGGAUAUAGUGAAAACGCUAUAAAAAAUUUUGGAAGGAUCUACUUUCAAGGUUUCUAAUAAAAUAAAUUCGUCGUUACUUAAAAACCCACACACGUCCAAUCAUUGCUCAUUCCUUGAUGAUAUCGACGACCACUCAGUCUAUUCACAUGAUGCUGGCACUCUCUCGGAUUUACUUCAGCCAGGACUCUAUUUCAAAUAGGUUUGGGAGAAGCACCAAGCAUGCUGGAGUACUGAUAGGUGAAACUUUGGACAAACUUUUGACUGGAGAAUGUAGUAUUUUCGACAUAGACCCUAUUAGAGUUGCACGGCGUCGUGGUGUAUACGUCACAGAAGACAAUCGAAGAUUGUGGAUAUUCAAGGAACUUGAAAAAAAGGGUAAAUGUACCAAGGUUCCAGUUAUAAAAGUGGAUGAGAUCAGCUCUUCUAAACCCUUUAAAAGACCGACUGUCGAAGUAAGAAGGGACCCAGGGGGUAUCUUGUGGAGAAUCUCAACUGAGAGUUCAUCUUCAUCCACUUCUGAUUCUAGUGAUUUGGAUGACAAAUCAUUGGUUAUAGGUAUCAACAGAAUGUCGUUGAGCAUCGCGAAGACAAGAAAGCUACGCCCAUCAAAAAUCUUCUUCAGUAAAGCACAAAUUAGACGCAACCCACAAACGUUGGAAAGGGAUUUAAAAAAUAUAUGUACGGGCAAGUAUUCCUUCAGGGAUGUAAGGAUUGAAGUCUAUGAAUUUGAAGACAAAUACUGUGCUACUGACAAUGAAAUGUUAUGGAAAUUACGCGUAGCAGAGAAAUUUCAACAAUGUUCUUCUGUGGAAUUUAAAACAGUGAGCAUGCCAGAAUGUACAAGUAAACCUUAUUUCUGGGAUGAGCUGCAUCUUGAAAGUGAAAUGAGGCGGGUUUUCUUUAAAUUUCGUAAAACCAUUAAAAAAUUGCCAACAUUGCAAACCUUGAAAGUUGACCCUUCCAAAAUUCUCUAUAGCGUUUCUGCUAUAAAGGACGAGUAUGAAGGGAAGUCAAUUGUUUCUGCACUUGUUAAAUUUCGAAAAGAUCCUGAAACCAUGAAGGUCGUGAAAAACGGAGAAAACUUCUACUGUUUGGAUAAUCAUAAGCUUUGGUUUUGCAAACAGAUUUCAAAAAUAGAAAGAAAGCCAUAUAAAAUAUCUGUGAAAGUUAAAAUGGAUAUGGAUACCAGCAUGUUGAAAUAUUUCACAGCAAACGAUUCUUUGACUGUACGAAUUAAGAGAUCACAUUCCUCUUCUGACCUAAAAGAAACUUUCUUGGAUUUUCUGCAAGUAAAUGACGACCAUAAGUAAUAUCAUUCCUCUAGCCGAAACCCGUGUCGCUUAUUCAUGGACCACACUGUUGAAUUCAUUGAAACAAACGACAAAGUCUUAGUCCUUGUUUUUCUGUAAUGAGCUUAAAACGAUUUA